ACCCUUCUUGGAAAGCCACAACUUCAUUGGUCCAGGUGCUGAUACCAAAAAAAACCGGAGAGAAUGGGCGUCGACGGCAUCAUCGCCGAGCUGCGCGAGCUGCCGGCCAAAAUGAAAAUCCUUCCCAAGAAGAAGCACAAGCAGUUCCAGAAGGUGGAGGUGAUGGUCCGGAUGGACUGCGAAGGGUGCGAGAGGAAGGUGAGGAAGGCGGUGGAGGAGAUGAAGGGGGUGAGCAGCGUGGAGGUGGACGCGAAGCAGAACAAGGUGACGGUGACGGGGUACGUGGAGCAGGAGGAGGUGGCGGAGCGGCUGCGGCGGAGGACGGGGAAGAAGGCGGAGCCGUGGCCGUACGUGCCCUACGACGUGGUGCCGCACCCCUACGCGCCGGGGGCCUACGACAAGAAGGCGCCGCUGGGGUACGUCCGCAACGCGCUCGCCGACCCCGACGCCGCGCCGCUCGCCCGCGCCACCGACGACGAGGAGAAGCUCGCCUCCGCCUUCAGCGACGAGAACCCCAACUCCUGCUCCCUCAUGUAGCUAAUGCUAGUGCCAUAGUGGUGUAUGCUCCAGCUUUGCUGUUAAAGUGUGCUGUUGCUUUGUGGUGUAUGCUCCAGCUCUGCUGUUCAAGUGUGCUGCUGUUUUUUUUUCCCAAGUGUGUGUAACCUGUUUGUCUCGUGAGCACCUCGUGGCUGUAAAUAUUUUUGCCCUAAAAGACUUUUUGUGGGUACGUUCAGUAGCUUCGAGUGUUAGAUCAAAGAUCAAAGCAACGGGUUAGCUUUGUUUCCGUUAAGGUGUGUCUAAAUUGCUAAGAGGAUGGAUAGAAGAAUGACGUCUC